AUGAGUGCCAGGAGUUUCCUGAUCAGAAAAUUGAAGGCCAGCUGCUCCCUGUCAUUAGGAAGCUUAGUGAAAGUCAACACGACCUGGAAGCCUACUGGAGGCUGUCGGGACAGUGUCCACACUGACUGCAGGAUGCAGGAUCACCUGGACAGAAGCUUUGUGAACGCCACCUGGGAGUUGCUUACUGAUCUUGCUGCAAAGCAGCCGCAGGAGAUGAUAGCAUAUAUAUCUGUAAUGCCAGUAACUAACAAAAUCAUAGAGGGAAAAGUCUUACUAAGUUCUCAUUGCUGUUGGAACAAAACCAAAAAAGAUGCUAAUGAAUUCUGUCUUCUAGCAGAGGAAUUAUCGGGCACUAAAGUGCCAGUUCAGGCUGUUCUAGGCAUAAAACUAAGAGAGAGGAGUAGUCUUCCUCCAGCUUUGCAGUCGGCCUCUGCUGCAGCAGUAGGACAGGACAGCAGGCGUGAAGAGGUGAACAGAGUUGGCAAGAAGCUCAAAAACCACAAGAAGGGAGAAAAAGGGCUCAAGAGCCAGCCAGUGGCCUUCAGUCAGGAACCUGUGUUUUGUGAGCAAGAAAAGGGCAAAUUUCAGGCAGAGAUGGAAGCAGGAAAAACCACACCCCAGGAAUAUAUGUCCCCCCUCAGGGAACACAGUGUGAAGAAGAAGAGGAAAAUCUACCAGAAGUGGGACACUCCUCUAUGUCACCCCAAACUCUCCAGCUUCAUGAAUAGCAAUCCUAAGAAUGCAAGUGGUCAAAAGAAAUGAGUCAAAGUGGAAGCUUCAGGAUACAUAUCAAUAAGAGAUGACCCCAAAGCUCUUAUGAAGAAGAAAAUGGACUUCAGGAAGACAGCUGCAUCAAGGACCACUUGCAAAGAAGAAAAGGACGAGAAAGAGAGCCCUAUAGCAGGGGAACCUUGA